AUCUCCAGGUUUGCCCACCCUGCACUCGCUCGCCGAGCUCAUUCUGACUCUGCUCUGGCCACUCCUGCUCCCCCUAGUGAGGACCAACCUGAGAGGAGAUCGUUCGAUGCGCCCCUGAACGUGAAGUGGCCCUUUUGAAAAUGGGGCAGCGAGAGAACGAAGGUUUUUAGGAGGGAAGAAGGAGAAAGAAGAAUCAUGAACGCCACGGGGCAGGAGGGACUGAUCCCGGGCGAGCGCAACCGGAGCCAAGCGUCACUCACCGCAAACGACGCGCAGGCACCCGAGCGGGAGUCCUCGGAGGGGUGCUAUGAGCAGCUGCUGAUCUCCACCGAGGUCUUCUUGACCCUGGGCAUCAUCAGCCUGCUGGAGAACAUCCUGGUGGUGGUGGCCAUCGUCAAGAACAAGAACCUGCACUCGCCCAUGUACUUCUUCAUCUGCAGCCUGGCCGUGGCCGACAUGCUGGUGAGCGCCUCCAACGCGUCGGAGACCAUCGUCAUCGCGCUGAUCAACGCCGGCAAGCUGAACAUCCCGGCGCGGCUCGUCAAGAACAUGGACAACGUCUUUGACUCCAUGAUCUGCAGCUCGCUGCUGGCGUCCAUCUGCAGCCUGCUGGCCAUCGCCAUCGACCGUUACAUCACCAUCUUCUACGCGCUGCGCUACCACAACAUCGUCACGCUGAGGAGGGCCACCCUGGUCAUCGGCGGCAUCUGGGCCGGCUGCAUCGCGUCGGGCGUCCUCUUCAUCGUCUACUCGGAGAGCACCACCGUGCUCAUCUGCCUGAUCAGCAUGUUCUUCACCAUGCUGGUGCUGAUGGCCUCGCUGUACGUGCACAUGUUCCUGCUGGCGCGCCUGCACAUGAAGCGCAUCGCCGCGCUGCCGGGCCGCGCGCCGGUCCAGCAGCGCGCCAACAUGAAGGGCGCCAUCACGCUCACCAUCCUGCUGGGCGUCUUUGUGGUGUGCUGGGCGCCCUUCUUCCUGCACCUCAUCCUCAUGAUCAGCUGCCCGCGCAACCCCUACUGCACCUGCUUCAUGUCGCACUUCAACAUGUACCUCAUCCUCAUCAUGUGCAAUUCCGUCAUCGACCCCAUCAUCUACGCCUUCAGGAGCCAGGAGAUGAGGAAAACCUUCAAGGAGAUCUUCUGCUGCAUGCAUGCCCUCGCGUGCGUGUGAACGCGCGAGUGGGGUCGAUGGGCCGACGGCCUCCACGCUGCAAAAUCCGGGACGGACUUUCA